UCGUCUUCCCCAACUCCAUCUCAUCUCCAUUUCUUCCAUCACUUCCCCCAUUCUCUCCCGCUCCCGAUCAUGAAUCACAGAGUUCUAAUUUUCGGCCACAUAUACAGACAGAUUUGUUUCUCUGUUUACAAUGAUGGUGAAUUGGAUACUUUUUUUUUUUUAAUAAACCACCUGAUCUAAUAGUGUAUUAAUUCAAUUUUAAGAUUUGCUUAAAAUAGGUCUACUUGUAGAUUUUUUGAUACAUGGCGAAUUUUUGGGGAUUUAGAAGCAUAUCUGUUGAUUGUUAAACAUAUCGCCGACAGAUUCCUUGUUCCUCAUACUACUAGUUUAAGUAAAUGCUAAAUUCGCGGAAUUCAAUUCAUCAAUUUUAGAUUAAAGGGGGAAGAAUAUGCAGAGAAACAGGCCAAGGUGUGAGAGCACUGCAAUGGCUUCCACCAUCCUCACUCUCCGGCCCGGCCGCGGACUCGGCCCCUUCUCUCUCGGUAUGCCGAUCUCAGAAGCUUUUACUCAGAUACAGCAGCAGCCUAACAUCUACGAUGUUGUUCAUGUCAAGUCCUAUGAUGAGGAACCAAUGAAAUUUGACAUUGUUAUUAGCUUCCCUGACCAUGGGUUUCAUCUAAGGUUUGAUCCUUGGUCUCAGCGCCUCCGUCUUAUUGAAAUCUUUGAUUUCAAGCGGCUUCGAGUGCGGUAUGCCACUUCAUUGAUUGGGGGAGCGUCUACGCUAGCUACUUUUGUGGCCGUAUAUGCUCUUUUCGGGCCAACAUAUCCUGGAAUUUAUGAUAAAGACCUGGGCGUGUACACUCUAUUUUACCCUGGAUUAUCCUUUGUGUUUCCGGUGCCCUCACAGUAUGCACAGUUCUGUCAUGACCGUGAAGCUGAGGUUCCGCUGGAAUUUCCCGACGGAACAACCCCAGUUGCUUGUCGUAUCUCUGUUUAUGAUUCGUCCACAGACCGUAAGGUUGGUGUAGGAUCUUCAAUGAUGAAGGCAUGCGUUCCUCCAUUAGCAGCUGGCAGCCUCUACAUGGAAGAAGUUGCAGUGAAGUUAGGGGAAGAAUUGUGGUUUACAGUUGGUGGUCAGCAUAUAUCUUUUGGUGCAUCCCCUCAGGAUGUGUUGUCUGAAUUGGGGGAGCCCUGUGAGAUUCAUCAAAAACAGGUGGACCAAAUGGUAAUCCAUUCUGCGCCUGAUCCGAAACCAAGAACCACCCUCUGUGGUUAUUACUUCUACAAUUACUUUACACGUGGCUUGGACAUUUUAUUCGAUGGACAGACUUAUGAAAUUAAAAAGUUUGUUCUGCAUACCAACUAUCCUGGGCACUCCGAUUUCAAUUCAUACAUGAAGUGCAACUUCGUGAUACAUAAUUCUGGAUAUGAUGGGUCAUUUCAUCAGGAUGUGAAUAGCACCUCUAAAUGUGUCAUUACGCCUAGCACAAAGUGGGAGCAAGUUAAGAAAAUCCUGGGUGACAGCGGACGAGCUGCCAUCCAAACACAAGGGUCCACCAGCAACCUUUUUGGAUCUACAUUUGUAUAUGGAUACCCAAAUGUUGCCUUCGAGGUCAUGAAAAAUGGUUACAUUGCAACUGUAACUCUCUUCCAGUCUUAGAGUUCCGUCAAGCAGGUGUACAUUGUGAACAUGGUGCUGUACAGUGGAACGGUGAUCGGGCGUGCCUUACUUUCGUACAUGAUUUUCAAUAUUUGAACAUAUAUUCAACUUGUAUAUUAUGGUUAGCAGGUGUAAACAUAGUUGCCUUUCUGAAAGAUGGUAUUAAUUGCUUAUUUCCUCUUUCGUUUUUCUAAGAGUGAGAUUGUGACGGAUCAAGAAUGAAUCUAGUAUUUUAAAUA